GGAUGCUUUCAGAACUCAUAGGUUAAAAUAAAUUUUAAAAUAGCCUAAUGAUUUUGUUUCUCUACAGAUAACUGGCUUGGAAUUCUUUCCAUGAUGUUUUAUCCUAGAAAUAUUGAUCUGGGUUUUAGAUUUUAUUACUUGCAUUCAAAUUGCAUACACACCAAUAUUAGCCUAAUGCACCCAGGAAAAGAAUAAAGACAAAAUGGCAAACACUUCAAGUCCAUUUGGCUACAGAAGAGAAGCAGUAAGAGUAAAAGUGAUGAAAUGUGAAGGUGUAUUGCCUCCGGAGUAUAGGAAGUUCAGUGUAGACCCUCAAAUCACUUCAUUUGAAGUGCUGCAAAGUAUUCUAGCAAAAGCAUUCGAUAUUAAAGGCGACUUUACUGUGAGGUAUAGAGUGGUUGAUGACUAUAAACAAGAAACUUACAUUUCAUUGUUGUCGGACUGGGACUUGGAUGCGGCAUUUCUCAGCUCAUCGGAGCCUCAUCUAGACCUUCGUGUAGACUUGAAGCCGUUCUCAGAGUCCCGCGAGUGUGAGGAAUGUUGGGUAGAGAGUUCCAACCCAGAACCUCUACCAGCCGAGAGCAGACAGACUCGGCUGCAAGGACUUAUCAUGAACCAGGUUGAGAGGACUUUUAACAUGGUACAGAGGGCGUUGAACUUGGUUGAAGAACAAACAGCGUCGUUUGCACCUGCCCCUAGCAGCAUCCCACCCCGCCCUCCACUCACGGACGCUGAGUUCCGCACAUUCCUAGACCCGAUCGGACAAGUGGUGCGAGAUAAGGAACUAAGAGCAGUCAUUUAUUUCGGAGGAAUUGAACCGAGUCUCAGGAAGGUUAUCUGGAAGCACAUUUUAAAUGUCUACCCAGAAGGUAUGUCAGGAAAAGAACGAAUGGACUACAUGAAAAGAAAAUCUGCAGAAUACGAGAAACUUAGAGAUACCUGGAGAGAAAUGCUGAAAAACGGCCAGAUGGUAGGAGACUUGGCUUAUGUCACCAGUAUGGUACGCAAGGAUGUUCUGCGAACAGACAGACACCAUGUGUUUUACGCAGGAAGUGAUGACAACAAAAACAUAGCUGCUCUCUUCAACAUUUUAACAACGUACGCUCUCAAUCACCCGGCCGUCAGCUACUGUCAAGGCAUGUCAGAUCUCGCGUCUCCGCUGUUAGUCACGAUGAAUGACGAGGCUCAAGCGUACAUCUGUUUCUGUGCGCUGAUGAGACGACUCGCUCCCAACUUUCUGCUCGACGGUAUCACUAUGACUCAGAGGUUUCAACAUCUAGCGGAGGGCCUUAUGUAUUACGACAACGCUUUCUACUCAUACCUCAAAUCACAUCAGGCUGACGAUCUGCUUUUCUGCUACCGUUGGCUGCUGCUCGAAAUGAAGCGAGAGUUUGCGUUUGAAGAUGCGUUGAGGAUGCUGGAAGUGAUGUGGAGUUCUCUGCCACCUUCGCCUCCAGAGAAGGAGAUCAAACUGUUUGAUCAGGAGUUUCUCGGAACUCCCCCUCCUCCGAGUCCUCGACCUAGGGAGAAUGCUUACACAAAGAUCUGCGCUCUGCGACGACAAACUUCCGGGGCAUCACUCAGUCUCGAUGAAGGCAUUAGCUUAAAAGCCAAACACGCCAAACAACCAAAAACACGACCUUUCAACAGCCUUGACGAGGCAGCUUUGGAGAAAACACAAGAAGUUGAAAAGCCUCCUCCUGGCCGUGUAGUUAAAAACCUGAACGAGUUCCUCAGUUUCGAUAAGAGUGGCAAACUCAAAAAAGUUAACACAAAUGCUGAGAAAAAGCGAGAAAGCGAGGAUGACGGAAGUUCUCCGGAUGAUUCGACGGAGUAUUUUCCGAUGACAACUUCUAUGACGAGAGAGUUGAGGUUGGAAUUGGAGAGUUUGGACAGACACGUGUUUGGGAGCGACAAACGGAAUCCAAUGCUCGGAGACGAGGUGUUUGUGUGGGAGAAUCCUUUGAGAACAGCUACGACGCCCGAUGAACAAACAGAGCUAGAAAUGGACGUGACUGUCGGGGAAAUAAUAGAAACAGAUGGAAGUUCCGUUAAAUCUGUUACACCAAUUAGAUUGUUGAAAAAACAUGAGAGCGAUACAACUACUUCUUCCAGAACUGAAAGUCCCUUGGACAACAGCCUGUCCAGUGACGGAACUUCGAGUCUGCUGGCUCGGAGAAAACAAACUUUAGAAGAAAUAAAUACAAACGUUAAUGGAAACGUCUCCUCAGUGUCGAGGCCUUGUGACGAUCUCAAUUCUGACAUUAGUGAUUCCGUUAAAGCGAAAGGGAGUAAUUUGCUUCCACGCCCGGACGUUUUCGGAGGUGGUAAUCCAUUUCUUAUGUUUCUUUGCAUUACAGUUUUGCUGCAACAUCGAGAUCUAAUUAUGCGAACUGGGAUGGACUACAAUGAAAUGGCAAUGCAUUUCGAUAAGAUGGUCCGUAAACACGAUGUCAACAAAGUGUUAAACAUGGCUCGACAGAUGUACGCUUCUUAUUUGAAACAACAUAGUGAUAUCCAAUCACACCUCAGUGUAUGAUUUAACAUAUCUGAUUUUAACUGAUUAUCCAAAGACUGGUCCUUUUUGAUCUGUUGUUAUUGUUUACUCAUUCAUUGAAAUUUUUCUCAAAGAAUAUUGUAGAAUUCCCACCAACGUAGAUAAAUUUGUAUUAUUACACCACAAGUGCUUUUUACCACCAAUAUUUUUACCAGACAAUAAAAAAUCAUCCACAUAAUCAGAAAAUGAUUUCUUUACUAAUUAAUAAUAGGCUAAAAAUAUCUGACAUAAGUGACAUAACAUGUGUCUUGUUUCAUCCUAAAAAAAGUAAAAAUAUAAUUUUUUCCCAACUCAUAAAAAUUAACCAAUGUUAAUAGGCCUGCCAGCUGAAUAUUUUACAUCGGGUGAACCGAUUGCUUCUAGGUGUCGAGAUUGCUUCGGCAAAAAACUCAAACAAACAAACAGUAUAUAACAUAAUUUUAACUCCCUUUACCAGGCUUACGUUUAAUAACAAAUGACUACUAUGUUACAAGCAUAUAAUCUCUUUGAGAUAAAAGAUGAAGGGUAAAAAUAAUA